GGCCCUCUCGGGCCUUGCGCAAGGCCAACGAACAUGCUGUGGCCCGAUGGAGGAACCCAACGGCAUCACGGGUGGCGCCCAAUUUCCAGCACAAACACAACCGCCGUUACUGAGGGGGGCCCGAGGCCUACAAAUGCCGGGGCGGCCUCUUACCUUGAAAUAGAUCUCGUCCACGACCUCGUGUUAGGUGACGUCAAUUGACAGACAAUCCGGACGGCCAACCGAAAGCGCGAUCAGCUGCGGACGGGGAGGAGAAAUGACCAAUCGGAGGAGCGGAGACUAUAAAUCGCCGACAGGGGAAUUGGUGGAGUGCGUCAUGAUGGUAACGCGUCGGUAAAAGCUAAAGGAAGUCUUUAUUCGAUCCUGGCUGUCGUUGGUGGUCUGCUGGCUCUCGGUAACUGUAGCUUGGCACCUGUCAUCGUCCUGUGUAUGGUUCAUCGAAGAAAGUCGGAAUAUUUUUAUUAAGCUAGGUGACUGCCAGAAAGCAAUGGGAAAUUCGCUGCAGUGUCUACACUGAAACUCCAAUAAUCUGGUGCACUUGAGAUUUGAUGCUGUCCUAGCAAAUUUUCUGGAUGUUGGAUACUGAAACACGCUUUAAAUUUACUCUUCAAAACUAUUGCACAGUAUUAUAAUAAAUCUUCCAGUGGAUUGAAAGGUAGUGUAGCAACUGUCACCUGGAAAGUGAGAGUUAAAAAAUGGAGCUCAAUUUGAAAUACAUUUCGCUGGGAGUUUUAGUAUUUCAGACAACCAGUCUUGUAUUGACUAUGCGUUACUCACGUACUUUCAAAGAAGAAGGACCCCGUUACCUAGCAUCAACUGCAGUGGUCAUUGCUGAGCUGAUGAAGAUUGCAGCAUGUCUUCUAUUAGUUUUUAAGGAUUCUAGUUAUAAUCUUCAAGUAUUACAUAGAGUAUUACAAGAUGAAAUUAUUAACAAACCAAUGGAGACAUUAAAACUUGCCAUUCCUUCAGGAAUUUACACACUUCAGAACAACCUCCUUUAUGUAGCAUUAUCCAAUUUAGAUGCAGCAACUUAUCAGGUUACCUAUCAGCUUAAAGUCCUCACCACAGCUUUCUUUUCUGUGACUAUGCUUGGAAAAAACCUCAGUGUUUAUCAGUGGCUCUCACUCUUGACAUUAAUGGCUGGCGUUGCACUUGUUCAGUGGCCAACAGACCCUCCAGAGGAACUGAAGAAAGAGAUCUCUGCAGGUUCUCAGUUUGUAGGUUUGAUAGCAGUGCUCAGUGCUUGUUUUUCCAGUGGAUUUGCCGGAGUUUACUUUGAGAAAAUCUUGAAAGGGACAAAACAAUCAGUUUGGAUUAGAAACAUUCAAUUAGGUUUGUUUGGAAGCAUUUUUGGAAUGAUGGGUGUAUAUGUAUAUGAUGGGCAGCGAAUAAAUGAACAUGGAUUUUUCCAAGGUUACAACAAAUUCACUUGGAUUGUUGUUACUCUGCAGGCUCUUGGUGGUCUAGUAAUUGCAGCGGUCAUCAAAUAUGCAGACAACAUCUUGAAAGGAUUUGCUACCUCGUUAUCCAUUAUUCUUUCGACAUUGAUCUCUUACUUUUGGUUACAAGACUUUGUGCCCACCAGUGUCUUUUUCCUUGGAACCUUCCUGGUGAUAGUUGCAACGUUUCUGUAUGGAUAUGAACCGAAGGACACCACAGAUCCAAGCAAAGCCUGAUGAAGAGUCAGUCAGCAGAAUACUUAAUUCCAGUGCAAGUGUAAAACUUGUUCAAAAGUCUAAACGCUAGCAUCUGAAGCACUUAACUAUCCAAAAUGUGUUCUUGGAGUUGAUAUUGAGGAAAUUGUUGGCCAUAAUAACUUUCUCACAAGUGAGAAAUAGAGUGAUAAAAGUAAUGGCGCUCAAGACUUUUGAAAUAUCAGUGGUUAAAUACAAAGCAUCACAUAGUAGACAAAUAAGUAGCUGAAAGGAUCAUGCUUGGCCUUAGUGGCUGUAAUAGAUCUAUGCAAUGUGCAAUCAAGGUUCUUAAUUAGAGGUUUGCUGGUGAAUGGGGGUGUUUUUGAGAAACUGUUUUAAAUCAAAUUGAAGGCAAUUGUUUGAAUGAUUAUUUGAAAUAAGACAACUUGUUUUUAAAUGGGUACGUACAGGACAGGUGUCCUACAAUCUGCCCUGCACCUAUAGAUAUGGUAACUUAGACCAAAUCUUUUUUAAAAAAAAAACCUACAAUUUCUUAAUUAUAUGAAGAAAAUCCUAAAACAAGCCAAGGUUUCCUUUGCAAUCUCAGAAAAAGCAAUAUUGGUCACUUCUGUGCUGCCGAGCACAUUUCUGUAAUUUGAGAUUUAAAUGGACUAACCCAUAAAAUCUAAUCCCAAAAGCAUUGAUUAAGAAUCCAGAAACUUGUAAUGGAAAUUGAAAUAGAUUUACUUAAUCACCAUAAAGCAUUUGUAAAAGCUAUAUUUGUAUUGCAUUGUCUUAAAUUGUUUUACUGUUGUGGAUAAAAUAACUUAUUUUGUUGUAUAGUUUUGAAAUGGUAGUCACCAGAAAAUGGUUAGUCUUUCUAAAUUUUUGGUUUUUGCAAUGAGUAAACUCAAAAUACUUGUGAAAGAGGUAAAAAGUGCUUAAUCCGUCCCUUAAAUUUUCUGUGAUCCUUUGCUGUGAAAUGACCAGUACUACCUGAUUCAUGUGUAAUGAACAUUUUGGGUAGGCAACAGUACUAACAAUUACUCUUGGAUAUACAAGAAUGACUGGAAUCUUUCAAGUAUAUUCUUUACAUGGCAUUGUUUUUCUUCUUGGUAUCACUUUUCUCCUGAGUUUGUACAUGUUGUCCAUCUAAUUUAUGGGAUUGUAUUUGACUGUUUGAUUAAUCUAUUUUAACAGAAGAUUUAAGAAUUGUACAAGGGAGCUCAAUCAGAUUUGUUGGAUUUCAAUAGAAUAUUCUAGGACAGCAACAAUCAUUUGGCCCCUCAAACCUUUGACCUGACAUUAACCCUGUUUUUCUUUCUACAGAUGCUACCUGACCUUGUGUUUACAGCACUUUCUGUUUUUAUUUCAGACUUGCAGCAUCUGCGGUUCUUUGAAUUUUUCAUCAUUUGUAGGUUGAAGAUUACAUGCCAAUGUGAAGGGAUUUUGUUAAAUUAAACCUUUAUUGGAAUACCCAAUGCCCCAUCACUAUAACCAAAACGUCAUCAUUCAGAUGUUAUUACGUAAUGCAAAAGUUGGCAUUUUUUCAGAUUGGUCCUUUAUCAAAAAUGUUUCUUUUCUGGCGGUGAAUGGGAAAGAUGCUUUCAUGCCAAGCAUUUUAAAAAUUAAGUAUGGUAUUCCAUGCAGCUGAUAUAUGUAUAGAUUUGUGAGCUAGAGAAAAAAUCUUAUUGCUGCUUGGUUAUAAACUUGCAGGUUUUUGAAUGAAAUUGUUAUUUUCCUGUUGUCAAUAAUUAAUAUGCCUAAUAAUUACUACAACCUUAUUGGUUUUAUUUUUGAACGGUACUAAAACUCUUGUUUUACAUUAUACAUCUUUUGGCAGCUGAUGUUUUCUUCAUUCCCUUAGCUAUUAUUUCCUCUGCUCCAAACUUGCCAAUAUUUAGUGCUACUCCAUUCCUGAAGGCAUUAUUUUUUAGUUUGAUAUGGUUACAUAAAUUGGUUUUCUGUCCCAGUGAAGUGACCAUUAUUCAUACGAUGCUUGAGAAUGAAUGUUGGCUGUCUGCUUAAUCAUGGGAUUGCUUCUGAGUGCAAGUCGUCCAUUGUCCUUUAUUUUAUCUUCACCUCCUCAAAAACAUGCACUUUUAGCAAUGGUGAUUGGCUGGAAAUGGGAACAGGAUCAACAGUGGAUUUUCUUAUAAGUAUGUUUGAGCACUGCAACCAAUGGUAGCCCUACAAGAACUGGUCCAGCUACCAUCUGCUGACUGAAUACUGACUGGCAGUUUUCCCAUUUAGUUGGAUGCUCUCUGAGCCAUAAUGAGAGAUAAUUAUGUUUAUGAGCUUUGCAACUAUUUUUCUGUUCCUAGUUCAAAGCCAAUAAUGGCAGCUCUUUGUGUUCAUAAAGGCAUCAUUAGAAAAAUCAAGGAAAGGGAAAUGACAUACAGUUAUGUGGGUGCAUUCAGCUCAUUGAAAGCACUGAAGGGGAAAAAGACUCCUGAGGUGUAAAAUGCCAUAAACAUUUCUUGAAUCAGAACUAGAUGUUAAAUCUCAAAUUGCAAAAUAAGGGAAAGGUGGUGGAAUUGGCUGGAGUUCAUAAACACUCAUCCAUGAUUUAUUCAGUUUUUCCAGUGGUGGAACAUUUCGGCUUCAUAGUUUUGACUAGUGAUGGUACUGUAUGAAAUUCUUUCACUUUGAGUACCUGAUAUAACAGGAUAAAUUUUAGUAAUAUUUAGCUCCUUGUGAGUUGGUGUUCCUUAUCUGCAACUUCCAUUGACAAUUUAUUCACAUUCCAAAUAUGUAUUAAUUAUGUACUAAAAUAAGUGUUUUACCAAUGUUCUAUCCCAAUGAAGAAAGUCCACAGCAGCUGGCAUUACAAGUAUCCAUUAUAAUCUUUGAAGGGGUUUCUCGUUGAGAAAAUAGGAUCCAAAAGUUCAAAAAUCCUCCCAUUGUUAAAUCAUAUGAUUAUUUGACAAUGGUUUCAAAAGAAAGUGGGUUUGGGGUCUUUUUUUAAUUGUACUAUUUUAACUUUACUGUAAACCUGCCAAUUUGAGAUGCAUAUUUUAUAAAUAAAGUCUGUCUUUGGUUUAUUUGGGAUUUUGUCUAGUUUAAUGGAGAAGUAAUAUUAAUCUAAUUGUGCUGUGAGGAAACAGCAAAAAAUACAGAGAAACAUUGAGACAACAUUGGCAAGAUUUAAUGGAAUUAUGAAAAUAAUUGUAAGUGCAUUUAUUUUGGGGGUUUAACAGUUUAUAAUGAAUUAUGAAAAUUGGGAAAAAAAAAAGCCAUACAAGUAAAAUGGUAUGAGCAAGAUUGUGUUUCCACCCUGUUUCAAUAUUUAAUCAACUACUAAGAAAUAUUAUAAGGGUAUCACAGAAUAACCUCGCAACACCCCCAUACCUUCCUCAAGGUAGUGCUCAAUUUUCUGAUCAGAGCUUUUUUUUGUGGUGUGUGUUAAUACACCUGUUUAAUUUCUUCCUAUCUGUCAAUGUGUGUUUGGGGGGGGGGGGGGGGGUGGAGGAAAGAGUACUCUCCACAGUUAUUUUUGGAAACAAGCCAAGUUGAAAAUUUCUUUGUAAAAUGAUUUUUUUUAUUCAAGUCUGUGAUAGAUAACAUUUCAUGAGAUCUGACAAAUCAACUUUGAGAGCCAUUGGAGUGAUAUCAUGAUAGUUUUCAUACUUUACAACUUUGAGCGAAGAUAAUGGCAUCAGUUUCACUUGAACUUCACAGUAAUUUAAAAAAAUUGGUUAGUGAUAUCCGAACAAUUCAAUUCAAUGUUGUAAUGUCCCUAAGAAUGACCAGAACCUUUGCUUUCAACAAGUAUUUUGUGAGCGGAUCUUAUCCCUUCAUUUUGUGUUUUGCAACACUGAUCCAAUCUUGUUCGUUAAAAAUAGGAAGAGCCAUAGCUUUGUAGCCUAAAUGAUGUGUGUGUUGAUGUUAUGACUGUACAUUUAACAUUCUUUUUAAUUCUACAUUCUUGAACAUUUCAACUGUGAUUAUGAAUUCAAGUGUGAAUAUUUAAGCAAGUGCUGUGCAAUAACCUGAGGUAUUCUUUCAUGAUUGGCUUCACAUGAGCUACAUUACAUUUGCAAUAUGGGUUCAAUGGAAUAUCUUGAGCUUCUUUGAUUUUCAAUAUUCUUUUGCCUCCUUAGCUUUAAGUUUGACCAACUUUGGAUGGCAGUUGGCAGUGAAGUUUCACCAGGUUGACAAUUUGCUGUGUAAGGGAGAUUAAACGUUCUUGGUUUCUACUUCCUUGAGGUUUAGGAGAAUGAGAGAUGAUCUCAUUGAAACACAUAUAAUUCUUAGUGUCUUGACAAGGUAGAUGCUUGGAUGAUGAUACUCCAGCUGAGACGACUACAACCAGGGGUCACAAUCUCAAAAUAGGGGGUUAAUCAUACAGGACAGAUAUGGAAAGAAACUUGUUCACUGUGAGGACAGUGAAUCUUUGGGACUCACUACCCUGAGGGCUGAGGAUUCAAUCACUGAUUGUAUUCAAAAAGGACACUGAUAGAUGUUUAGAUAUUUUGGUAAUCGUGGUAGCCUAUUCCUUCCAUUCCUUAUGUUAAAUGACACUUUAUUUCCCUACUCAGAAUAUGCAAUUUUGUUCGAUACUCCUGUGAACUUGGGUCAUCUUGCUGUUAAAGAUACUGUAUAAAUUGUUGAUGAUGAGGGGUUAAUUCAAGAUGGGCUGGUUGCACUGAAUUGUUUCUGGUUUUAUAGUACAUGGUUUAUUGUUGCAUAUGGUAUAAUAUGCAUUUGAUGUGUUGAAAGUGAGUCUGGAUCAUAAAGUUGUAUUCUGCUUCAGUUUCACAUAUCCUAUAUGCAUCAAAACAAUUCCUCAUUUAAGAAUGGGAAAAUUUUACAACCAGACAGGCUGAAGUAUUCUGUUUAUCUUUAAUUGGAUUAUAUCCUUACCACAAAAAUGAUUUAUUUUGCAAUAUGAAAUGAUGUAAGAUUGAAUGUAUAUUUUACUCGUAACACUUUCACAAAACAUUUUUACCUUUCCUGACUUUUCUCCUUGAAAAUUAGUUGAUUCUGCAUUAAGCAUCCUAACAAUGUUCUGAGUUGAUUUUCCCAGAACCAUCCAUUGUUAAAUUGUCAAUUUGAUAUCAAUGUCAGCAAUGGGUGUUUCUUGUUGAAAGCAGAAGCAAGCUGUUGUGGUGCAUUAUCUAAACCAAGUAUAUGUAUAUCUUAUUCAUGGAAUUCUCUAUCCAUAUCUGAUACUCUGCAAUUUUUUGUAAACUCGGUUUUAAAUAUUAAAGCACAAUAUUAUCAUAGCUUGGGAACCUAUUCCAAUGCAACGAGCUGUCAAUGUACCUUGGAUCUGUCAAGUGUUGAGAUUACCUUCCAGAUGUAAUUUCUCCUUUGUCCUUGUAAUUUGAUGCACAGUGUAACAAAACUGCCUACAUUCAUAUGAUUUGUAGUCAGAUUACUCAAUGAAUUGUUUCUUGCUAUGCAAGGGUUUUUCUGGUACAUUGAUAAUGGUGUUUAUUCUGAGUUGCGAUUAUAAAAUAAA